AGAGCCGGAGGGAGUGAGACAAAGCGGCCGGCAGGGCCGGGAUAGCAGCAGGCGCCAUGGAGCCACGGUCCCAAGUCUUGCUGUGGAAACUUCUGCUUCUGCAGAGCUCUGCCGUCCUGCUGUCCUCAGGGCCGCCGGGGUCCGCGCCGGCGGGCAGCUCCGUGGUGUCCGAGUCCGCAGUGAGCUGGCCGGCCGGCGGCCCGGCCGUGCUGCGCUGCCAGAGCCCGCGUAUGGUCUGGACCCAAGACCGGCUGAACGACCGCCAGCGUGUGGUGCACUGGGACCUCAGCGGCGGCCCGGGCGGGCGCCCCGCGCAGCGGCUGGUGGACAUGUACUCGGCGGGGGAGCAGCGCGUGUACGCGCGGAGGGACCGCGGCCGCCUGCUGCUGUCGACCUCCGCCUUCCAGGACGGCAACUUCUCGCUGCUCCUCCGCGCGGUGGAGGAGACCGACGCGGGGCUGUACACCUGCAACCUGCACCACCAUUACUGCCACCUCUACGAGAGCCUGGCCAUCCUCCUGCGGGUCACCGACAACCCCCGGGAGGCCGGCGCGCACUGGGACGGCGAGAAGGAGGUGCUGGUGGCGGAGCUCGGCUCGCCCGCGCUCCUGACCUGUGUGAACCGCGCCCACGUGUGGACUGACCGGCACCUGGAGGAGGCGCAGCAGGUGGUGCACUGGGACCGGCAGCCGCCCGGGGUCCCUCACGACCGCGCCGACCGCCUGCUCGACCUGUACGCGUCGGGCGAGCGCCGUGCCUACGGGCCGCCCUUCCUGCGCGACCGCGUGGCGGUGGAGGCGGACGCCUUCGCGCGUGGCGAUUUCUCGCUGCGCAUCGACCCGCUGGAGCCGGCCGACGAGGGCACCUACUCCUGCCACCUGCACCACCACUACUGUGGCCUGCACGAGCGCCGCGUCUUCCACCUGCAGGUGACCGAGCCUGCCGCCGCGCAACCGCCCCUGCGGGACGCGCCCGACGACGGCUCCAGCCACAGCAGCGUCCCUGCCCCAGACCCCACGCGGGCGCGCGGCCGCAGCGUCAUCAACGUCAUCGUCCCCGAGAGCCGGGCCCACUUCUUCCAGCAGCUGGGCUACGUGCUGGCCACGCUGCUGCUCUUCAUCCUGCUGCUGAUCACCGUCAUCCUCGCGGCCCGCCAGCGCCGCCGCGGAGGUUACGAGUACUCGGCCCGGAAGUCGGGGAAGCCCAAGGGGAAGGACGUGCACAUGGCCGAGUUCGCUGUGGCCACUGGAGACCAGGCUUUUUACAGGACCGAGGACAUCCAACUAGAUUACAAAAACAACAUCCUGAAGGAGAAGGCGGGGCUGGCUCGCUGUCCUCCGCCCGCCAAGCACGUGGACCUGGACAAAGAGUUCAGGAAGGAGUACUGCAAGUAAGGCGACCGGGCUUCUGGCCGGCCAGCAGCUCUGCCACCCCGUCCCUGGCGCGCGUCCUCCUGACCGACGCCUGUCCGGCUCUCCUGGCCCCCCACCCCCAGCGGCUGGUCCCGCUGUCCUGGAACUUGGCCUGGGCUGGCGCAGAGCAAGGCUGCCACCAGCGCCCUCUCCCGGGAGCCGCCCCUCCUCCUCGCAAGCAGCCGUGGGCUCCGUGGGACCCUGCGGGCAGGACAGCUGUGCCCGCGCCCU